GAAGGGGGAACUGAAGAUCAAGGUGGUCAUGGUUUUUUCUCUCUACUGACUUCUUUUGUGUCAAAAAGAGUUAGAGGCGGAUUCUUCCUCGUCUCUGCCAUGGUACAGGAACAAGGUGCCAGCUUCACUGCUUCUUCCAACUGCUAUGCAGAACCAAAUGGAGAGCACAUAAUUUGUUACUUCGGAGAGGGCAAAGCCUGAUUGUUUUACCCUGCAGUAUCCAACUUCUGGGUGACACUUGGAAGAAGAAUUUUGAAAGAUGGACAUGAACAGAGAGGUAUUAUUAAUCACAGAAUCACAGAAUGUUUGGGAUUGGAAGUGACCUCAAAAGAUGAUCUAGUCCAAUCCCCCUGCCAGAGCAGGAACACCCAGAUGAGGCUACACAGGAAUGUGUCCAGGUGGGUUUUGAAUGUCUGCAGAGUAGGAGACUCCACAACCCCCCUGGGCAGCCUGUUCCAGUGCUCUGUCACCCUCACUGAGAAGGAGUUUCUUCUCAAAUUUAAGUGAAACCUUUUGUGUUCCAGUUUGCACCCAUUACCCCUUGUCCUACCAUUGGUUGUCACCGAGAAGCGCCCGGCUCCAUAUGAUGUUUGAUGAAGGGAAAAAUUAAUGGACUUGGAGACGAUGUAAUAUAAAAUUAUGAUGAUAGAGACUUAGAAGAAGAGAGAAAAGCUACUUGAGAGAGGAAAAAAACAAAAUACAUGAACCGUUAGGCUUCAUGGAAGAGGGAAUCUUUAGUAAAUUUUGAAGAUUAUCCUGAUCAUGUUCUUUAACAAAGCCUUAAAUCAUCUUGCAGAGCAUCUUAAGAUGCAUGUAACAUCUGUGGUAGAAAACCACUUUGAGAUGCUUUGGAAGCUUCUCAAGAAGGCAAGUGGUAUAGGUACCAUGACUCCAAGUAAGUUUUUUUAGAAGAUGAAAUUAUAAAUGGACUAGUAAUUGGAAUUCCAAACCCAAAGACAAAUAAAAUGUAUCAGGUAUAAUAUUCCUAGCUUUUCUACAAUAGGAAAUACCCAUGAUAUUGAAAUUGGUAUCUUAGGAGCUGGUUCCCUUUCAAAAAUCACAAAAAAUCUUCACUUUUUUAUGAUUCAAAGUGAAUUUUUUUUCUAGGCCUGCAAGGAUUCAGGUUUUUAAACCAUUAAACCCAUUAUCUUUUACAAAUCUACUAUAAGUUUUGAAAAUAAUCUUUCCUGUCAUAAGUUUACAGAAAAUACCAGCAUAAGAAUAGGAAAAAAAUACUGGAAUUAUGAAUUUUCAAAAAUGUUAAUUGUUUAGUAUGCGAGAAAUUUUGUAGUUGGAUUCCUGAAAAGUCAGCCUACUGGGUAGGUGACAAGAAUCAUAGGUAAGUGAUAAAUAGUGUAUUUAAUUAGCAAAUACUUCUCCAAACAAACCUCCAUAAAUACAGUGUUAGAUGGCUUGAUGUAAAUAGUUUUGCUGUGAUUCAUCCUUCAUAUUUAUAAGCAUAUUGUAGCAAAAAUAGUUGUAAUCCUUCACCUGAGCAGGAUUGUUUUCUUCUAUAUGAAUGACAUGGUCUAAAAAAAAUUACUUUCCCUUUAUUUUUCUGGGCUUCAUUGUAUUGCAAGAAAUUAUUUGUUUUUUCAGACAAAUUGCACAGAGAUGGAUAUCUCUGGAUAUGUCUAACAUCCGUUUACAUUUUCACUUUCAAAUCAAGCUGAUCAAGAGAUAUCAGAAAAAUACCAAGAGAUAAAAUAUAACACUUUGAUUUUUCCAGCUCAAUCCUGUAAAAACCCAAGCUUCACUCAGAUAUCUAAAUAUAGAUACUAUUAUUUUCUCCAUACUUAGAGAUCUCAGAUGUUUACAGGCCAAUUACAAUUAAAUACAUAAUCUAUCUGCUCAGACAGACUAAAUCUGGGUACUUUCAUUAAAAUCACACUGGUUUUGUUUUUGUCAAAAUAAUUAAUCAGUAGCUGGAAAAUCGUGUUUAACAAUAGCUCACAUAAUGCUCUGAGAGGCAGGAUUACAAGCUUGUUCUCAAUAUCCUGUGAGUCUUCCUUUAGCUUUUUUUAUAUCAAUGUAUAGCUGUACGUAACAACAACAAAACCCGGAUUGAAACCUAGGACAUGCAGGAAGGGUGCAGAAGGAGGGUUAGAUAUAAAUAAUUUUCUGUGUCCUCUGAAUUGUUCUCAAUGGCCAGUAAUGAAAAGUACCCCAAACUUCUGUUCCUCUUUUAAAGUCUCCAGACUUCUAUGAUGUGAACAUGCCAGCUACCUCAUGAAUAAUGCCUGCAAGACACUUAGAGGGAACCAGCCAAACAUGGGUCAACAAGGAGGUGGUAAGGAAGAAAACAGUGUCCCAAAGCUUGGCUGGUACAGCAGUAUGGUUGUGUGUUGGUGCCUCAUGUAUUUGCAGACCAUCAGAUUCUUGGUAGCCAGGAAACAGAGUGAUAGGCACAGAGCUAUUCAAUUUUUUUGAGUCAGGACCUGAGACUUGUGUUGCAUACAAUGCUACCAUAGCUUAGCUGUUCUGCAAUGAGCAGUAGGUGCUAGAGGUAACCAGGUGCCAUUGAUUUACAUUCACUGUGUUUCAUUACACGUGGUGGUAGAAGGAUUCACUGGAAAAGGCAUGUGGAACACUGACGAAGGUGGGAAGAAAGAUGGCACAGAGAGAGGGUCUACUUGAGGUGGAGGAAAAUUAGGUCUUCUGACUGCUCCCAUGUGUGAGAUCAAGGAAAUACAGAUGGUAGCGUUACUGAAUUCCGGAAUUUGUGGCAGUAGCAAAGCUGCAGGGGAGGUUGUCACCACUGAGAGCGGUCAUUUUGAUGAUUGGUAAGUGAAACUAGAGCCUUGGACAGAAUCCUGUAGUUAAGACUUUGCUAAAGCAGAGAAAGGAUGGGCUGUAAAGGUUAGCAAGUAUCUAGUUAUUUCUGCUCAACUCAUUAUGAGUUGCAGGGGCACAUUUGCAUGUUAAGCACAGCCCACCCAGUAUCUAUUUUGUGUUUGUAAAACAGAAGUGUUAGGCUCUGUUUUAUUACUUAUCAUGUGCUCUAAUCACUGACCACCAGGACAAGUAGAAAUAUAUGUGUUGUCAGCAUGUUGGCUUAUUGCUCUACUUGCAUGGGCUGCCUGUUUGUCUCCUGCCUGCCUGCACACAGUCCCAUUGCUGCCUCUCUGCCUGCCCAAGGACAUCUGGGCUUUACUCCUCAGCUGUCUUUCCCACGGAAAGAUCAGUAUCUACUCAUAAUUCAAAGUUGCUAAGAUGGCGUACAAGCGUCAGAAGAGACUGACAUGAGAUCAGGGGGGUGGGAGGGAUCUAGAAAAUAGUUUGGUUUUUGUUAAGGGCAAUGAGGUGGGACAUCUUAGGAUAUGGUCUCAAGCCAUGUGCCUGUGCUCUUCAUUUGAGUUGUGCAGUCCUGCUCCCUGCUCUUCAGUAGGGUUAAUACGUGACAUAGGACAAGGUAUGUGGUUUCCCUGUGUUUCGUUUGCUAAGAAUGGAAUAAUAACAUAGUACUUCUUUAUAAAAGAGUCAUGAGGAUAAAUGCUUUAAUGACCAUGUGCUCAUAUUAGCUAAAGCUCCUCCUAAUACCCUCACUGUACAGUUUGGCCACCUUCUUACUCAGGGCUGUCACAAGAUUUUGGUUGUUGAUCCAGUUCCCAUAUAUUUCCCCAGCUCCACAGCUGCACUCCUGUUACUCAGAAAAAUAUCCUGAAUAUGCUCCACAAACCUGGAUGCUAUUCUCCUUCCUCACAUACCCUGUCACUGGUAAACUUGGCAAGCUUGUGGAAAAUAAUUGCACUACUGACUGGUGGCAGCAGAGAUCAGGGAAGUGGAGACACAAAGUUUCCACCUCUUAUCUAGCUGUAUAUAUACAUAUAUGGGUUAAGUGUCAGAGGGGGCUGCAUAUGCCUGUGUAGGAAACUUAGGAGUAAAAUGUUAUUUUAGCCAAAAAAGAAUGUCUCACAGAGAUGAAAACAGCUUCAAUCCAUCACUCAGAGCAAAGUGAACUAACUGCUCCAUUCAUCUUGGUAUUCUCAUUACUGGUGACCCCAGCAUUGGGGUGCGUGAGUCCACACUCAUUCUUAGUUUCUCUGGCCAGUCUCAGCACUAAUGUGGUGUCUGCUUGGAGGUUGCCUUUCAGUCUCUUCACCUGGAGGGUUAGCUUUUGCUUCUGACCCCUCCCAAAAUGCUGGCUUGCACAGGAAAAGGAAAUAAAAAAUAUUCAGCCUAUGACACACACAAAUAGGAGCUCAGAUCCUGGUUAAUCAAGGGCCUGCAGGCAUGUCAGCAGAGAUAAAUUUCUGCUGCAACCAACCGAAGUCCUGAUCUCCAGGCUACUCCUACUCGGUUCCAGACAUCUGACCAGUAGUGUUAGUUCAGAGGCUGUGUAGCUGUUUCUUCUUUCCUGCAUACCUCCUCUGCUGCUUUCCAGUUUUUGAUAUUUUACUUUGAGCACUGCAAAUAAUGUAUAUAGUGGAGCAGUAUAUACCAAAUGAAAGAACAAAGCUGACUAGAUUGUGCUAUUUGUAAAUUCUUAUAAGAAAAUACUGUCUGACUGGUAGAACAACAGUAAACAGAGGAAGUGAUUAGUUUUAUAGAUAGCGUGAUCAAAAUCCCUGUGAGGGCUGUAAAAUGGAGAGCAGCCACUGAAUUGAUGACCAAUGAGGCAUAUGGUAUCUAAAUUAAGAGAGACCAUAGGAUCUCCCAGGAGGGGGUUAUCAGGGUAUCAGAAAGCUGAGGCAGAAAGUUCCUUUUGUCUCUUCCUACACCAAAUUCCUGAGAUAAGAGAAUGCUAUACUAAUACUGGAAUCUAGAUAACACUAGAAAUUUAAUACUUUCUCUUGAGUCUUUGCUGUAGAGUUUAAUGGAUAAGGCUUUGCACAUUGCUGGAACUACCUCUAACCUCACUGUGUACAUUUCUAAAACUUGAUUUAAGAGGGAUUUUGAUUACUCUGUUCUCUUAUAAACACUGCUUUACUUCUAGAAUGCAAAUGAUCUUAUCCUUAAUUUAGAGCUGAGUAAAUGAGAACAGGCAGGAGAAACUCAUAAAUCAACGGAUAACUCUAUUGCAUUAAAGAGAAUCAUUGGCACUACAGAGCAGCUUCUUUCUGAAUCACUCCAUGUAUAGUGAUGGAAGUGAAAAAAGUAGCAAAUCAUGAGCUCAGUUCAGUGUUUAUAAGCAUCUAUUCCAUUGACUUCUGUAAGAAUUUUGUCAGAAAAAUAAUAUUAUUUUUCAACCCCAUACUCUAGUGUAUUGAUAAGGGAUUACAGCAUUUUAUAAAGUUAGUCUGAUGACACUGAAGAAAUUGCAUGGCUUUGCACUUGUUUUUUUCUCCAGACUUUCUUAUUUUAAGAUGAAAAAUUUGGAAAAUGGUUCUUUGUGGUUUAGUAUGACCUCCUGAGAAGCAGUCAGUGGUUGUCAAUCAGAUUUCUCCUGAAUCCACUUACUUGGGUUUAAAAGUGGCUCAUGUGAUAUCAUUUGGGCAUUGGAGUCACAGCAACUGCAGCACUAUAAUCUCUCUCUCAUUCCCCAGCACAAGGAAUAGGUAAUUUAUACUAAGAAUACAUUUCCAUUUUAUUGCAUUAUCUGUCCUUCACCAUGGACUGUUCUCUCUUCCAUACGUAAUGUGUGACUCUCUCAGCACAAUUCUAGUAGAAUACAGGGGCUCCCUGCAUGUAGUGGGAAAAAUAGGGAUGUGAGAUUUACAAAGGGAGGAAAGCCAAAAAGUGUACCCAUUUUAAGGUCAUUUCUUUUUGUCCUCUAUCUCAGAGGUUACAGAAGUGUGAGAAAAAUGAUGCCAUUCAUUAGACUGAAGCAGGAGCCACAGCCAUGCUGACUUUGAGGGGAAUAUCCUUUCUCCUCUUCUUGUCCUAGGUUCUCAAGCAGCUGGUCAAGCUCUUUGGCCCUAAGUAAUAGGGGCUGAUUGAAAAGUGAAGUGAAAUGUGAUUUAUUCCCAAAUUAGGGUUGUUUGCUUUGGUUUGGCACAGCAAGCCAGCCAGCAGGAGGUCCCUUCCUCGGCUGGGGCUCCCUGGUCAUUGCUGCUUCACUUUGAGGUUCUGAGGUUUGAGCUGAGCUGGAGUAAUUUAUUUAAUUGUUCAGUGAGGAGCAGUCUGGUAAUCUCUGUGCAGGACUGAGGCAAGGAGCUCCUCUUUCCAAGCAGUUGUUUGUAUGGCCAUGGUUGUUUCCUUUGUAAGGAAGGGGAAGGAAGCUGACUCUACUGCAUGAGAGUGUGGUGAGAAUGACUUCACACCUCUACAGCUCUACAAGGAUGGAAGCCAUAACACAAGUAUUGCAUACAUUUGAAAGAAUUUUAUAGACGAUAUUUUUAUCUUCAGAAUUGUGGAGGGCAAAUUGAUAUUUGAGUGGAUCACAGAAUUUAUGCAUAUACCUGUUUAUGUAUUAUACUGCAUCACUUAAGGCAUCAACGUAUGAAGUGACAUGGAAACAUACCAUGCACUGCAUUCUUAAAAAGGCCUUUAUGUCAGUCUACAAGGGCAGUUGCUUUAAGUCUUUGUGUUCAGCUAAGGAGAGAUAAGUAAUUUUAAAACUGUAACUGAAACUUUCCCCAGUCUUCCAUGGGAUCCUGGGCCUGUGGUGGCAGCCAAGAAGACUGGCAUGUUUUUAAAAAAAUCCUCUCUUAAUCUAGAAAUUUGGCUUUUCUAGAUCCCUCUCAAAAACCCUCCCCAUGUUGGGAUGCACUUAACUAUGUUGUAGCUGAUAGGCACAAGAAGCAUCAACUGCCUUUCGUUAAUAUGUAUGCAUUCCUGGAACAAGCUACCUUAAAAGUGUUAUACAUAGAGGGUCUGUAGAGAGGGUCUUUAGAUUAUUUCCAUUGGUGUGAAGACAGGAUCUCUUACCCGACCCGCCUUCAAUUCCGUAGUCAUGUCUCAGUAGUCCUUGAAGAAUAGGUUAUUUCAAAAGUGAUUCUUGAAAUAUUGAAAAAAUAUUAUCAUUAGAAAAUAUUUAUUUUUUUCUGUACCAGAAUUUUCUAAAAUUAAAACACAAGGUCAUUAAGUAACAGGUGUAUUUUUACAGUGUUGGAUUAAUCCAUUCAGCUAAAUAGAUAACAAUGUGGCAGCCAUAUGAUCAUGCAAUAUUUAUGUGUAGGUUGAACAACGAUCUUUCUGUCUAAACUUUGUGCUGUUUCCAGUUUUAACACAAUAUAGACACAGACAGCUGUUUAAUUUGUCAAUAAAUAUAGUAAGUAACUAAAAUUAAUUACCGUGAGACAGUUUCUAGAUAAUAUAUUCUCUGUAGUUAAAAGGAUGCAAAUAACAGUUUAAUUACCUUUUCAUUCCAUACCAAAUAAUUUCAAAGCAAGAAAAGAGUGGGUAUAUCUAUCUGUACUCAUAAAAUAAAAGGUUCCCAUCCAGUCUUCCCUAAGCAAAUGCAUUCCACCAAAAAAUACAUAGUCUUGUUUUACCUAGUGUUUCCCAAAAUGAGAUGACGAGCAGAAUGCACAUAGCAGAUCCUUUUCAGCCGCUUACCAGAGUCUUGGCUGGCUUUCCAUUUUCUAGAAAUCCAUUUCUAGCUAUUGAAGUGAGGAAGAAAAUGCAGCUGUGUAUGCCAGAGGCAGAAAGGCAUUUCUAGAGAGUUUGAAACAAUUGUUUUGGACCAAAAGGUGUCCCAGGCAUUCCAAGUGCAGCCAAGAAUAACACUUUCAAUACUGAUAGUUAAGAGUCUGACUCCUUUUUAAAGGGUAAAUGCAAGGGGAUUAACUAUAUCCAAAAAUGUUCACCAAUGUUUCUUAAGCCAGGAGGAGGAGUCACAAAGGGCCAGCCAAGGAAGGAACAGAAGAUGAACACAGUAAGAUAUUUAAACCUUUAACAACAGGCAGUAAAACUGCAGUGAGGCAUAAAAUUUGUUCUACUUUCCUUAAAGGGCAGAUCAGCUUUCAAAAGUUUAGGAAAUCCUCUAUUAAUCUUUAUGAAAUCCACACCUAGAUUGUGAAAUGUUAAGGCAAGCCGUUAAAUCUGAAAGGUGCCUUUACAUGUGCUGUCUUGUUUUGUGUUUUUCUUUUAUGCACAGAAAAAUGCACAAGAUGCCAUAGCAGUUUUUAAUCUUUCUUUUCAUCUACAAAUGUUCAAAUUAAACUCUGUUAAAACUUAGGAGAUAAAAUUGUAUUACAACUGGUUUUUGGUAAUCUGAAGCAAAUUGACAAACCACAUACACUAGCAUGUUAAAAACAUGAACUGGUGACUGCUCUUAUUAUGCUCAUCAUGUUGCCUAGCCUAAGAAUGUCAAUAUGCUGAAGUAAAUAAUAAUAAUUAAUGGCACAUAACUGUUUGCAAUGUAUCCACACAUGCUUGCAGCUAUAUACAUAGGUUAAUUUACCUUACUUCUGGUGAAACUUCUUGCUGUUGUGGAUAGAUAGUUACUUUUACUAAGGCUUUAAACAGUACAGUUUUGGUCUGAAUAUGAGAUGAUAUGAAGACACUGCCUUUUGGAGUAAGCUUAUUUAAAGCCUGUUCAGGUUUAAGGCCUGCCACACUCGCAUCGAAAACUUGACUACAAGGCUUGGCUGAAUGUUAGUGCAGCUGUUCACUUGAAAAUGCUCGUGUUUCUGAUUCUUUGUCACAAUUGUUUCAGAACAGUAUUUUGUUUAAGGCAUCCCAGAUCCCCAAGCUGGGGGCAGGCAGGCGGCCAGAGCCUAUCCAGGCUCCCAGCAUCAUUCAUGGUGGUGCUGGAAAAGCUGAGGGACUGGGAGGUCAUAGGAGGGAGUAAGAGGUUCAUGGCAGGGAACCACGAGGUUCUUGGGUGGGACCGGGGGUGUCAUGAGAGGACGUGGGUGGGGAGUUCAUGGGAGGCUGUGGCAGUGUGAGCCAUCACUGAGACAGACUCUGAGACAGGGUGCUUGGGGCCUGAGAGGCAAAGGCAUAGUGGAGGCCAUGCAGGGGACCACUGACACCCAGACAGCUGUUACUCCCUGGUAUUUUUUUCUCUGUUACCUGCAUUCAUACCAGGGUCCAAAAGAACCCUGAAUGAUGGGUCAUUCACUCUCAGGUACCUGAAUCUGAAAAAUCAUCAUUUUGAAGACACCUGUCAAUGAAGAUGAUGAAUCAUGUUUUAUGUCCACUGUCUUUAGAUCACCAGUUACCAUCCAGCCCGGCGCAGCCUGAGCCCCUCUGGCCCGGGAGGCUGUGGGCAGGUGUCCGGGGAUGAGGCAGCAGUCUCCCCCCCCGCCGGAGCAGGCAGGCGCCCGGAGGCAGCCGGGCUGGAGGAGCUGGGCCCCAGUCGCUCCUCUGCCCCGUGGCUGGAGGUCUCCAGCCCUUCUCGCAUCCAGGCCGCUGGGCUCUCCCCGGGGCGCGGCCCCGCGUUGGCACCGGCCCCGACGGCGCUGCGGCCCCUGGGGACGCAAGGGCCGCUCCGGUCCCUGCAGCCCCGCCAGUAGGGCCGGUCCCCCUUCGUCUGCGGGCCGAAGAGGGGCUGCGGCAGGGAGCUCCCCGCCGGGGUGAGCUUGUCAGCGCCGCUCCGCGAACGGGCCCUGGCCCCGGCCGUGCCGCUGGAGCCCCGUCCACCGGGCGCCGCCUCCCGCGCUGCUCCCCAUCUCCGGUGUCCCUUGGCUUUACAGGAGGGUGCAGCGGCAGCCUAUUUCUCAGGAAAAUAGUGCUUUAGUGUAACUGAAUCGACAUUUGGCCUUGAUACCUGUAUCUACUCAUAACUGAAACAAAUUUCUAAAAUAAAUAUUGUACUUUGAUCUUCCAGCCCUGCAUUUUUAAUGACAGCACUUCAUUAAGAAUAAAUUUCAGGAGACUGAAAUGCUCUGAGUUUGAACACUAAUUAUUUGUGCAAAAAAUUAUGACUGCAACGUUUCAUUAUUCAGCCCGUUGGUUUCUUCCAGAAAUGAGAAACUAUUCUCAGCUUUUAAGUAAUGUGCUUUCUUGCAUGCAGAUUCAUGGCAUUUGUAGUGUGACAUCUGUAUAGAAAGUUGCCCAAGUUUCCACUCUUUUGUAACGUGAUAAAUCAUUUUGGUUCAUCGAGAUACCUUAGGAAAUAAUGUACCUUAAAGGCUGGGGGAAGCCUCGGGAUGUUCAGUGUCUCCUGAACGACCUAUCGACUUUCGUUUAUAAAUAUUGUUCAGAUUAUUAGCCUGGCAAUUGUUUGAUAAAACGAAUUAACAGAAAUCGAGGUAGGAAUUGAAUCGUGCACCUCGUAGGAGUCCAGAGUUGGCACAGGUUUAGGGAUGUGGAAGUUUAGGGGCGACGCAGGUACGAGCUCCGCCGUUUCGCUUGUCUGGCGGGUUAUUGCUCCCCCAGAGACCAGAGGUGCGGGUCAGGGUCCCCUCGCAGGGGUACCCUCCGGCUCCGACUGCCCCGGCUGCGGCUCAGACGCGAGAAGCCGGGUGCGCUCCUGCUCCAAUGCGGCUCCAGUGGCGUGACUGGAGCUUGAUCGAUGAGCCCUGGGCAACCUGGCGGCUGAGGGCGAGUGUCCGCGAGUGUGUGCGCGCCCUGCGGCAGAGCUGCCGUUUCCCCGUCUCCUGCCAUGUCCCGUGUGGACGCGGCGCAGCCCCCGCUGGAUCUCGCACCGGCGAUGCUGGGAAGGGGUGUUUGCGUGAGGCGGACGGAGGUGUUGGACCCCGCAAGCCCUGCACCUUCGCAGGCUGAUGGGGAGCCCCGCAGCCUCACGCCUUGCCGGGGGUGCUGCCGGGCCGCGGGUUCCUGCGGCAGCGGCCAGCCCUGCCUCGAUGCGUUGGUGCGUGGUAAAAGCGCUGGGUGCGGGGCGCUUACUUCCCUGCUGCCGACCUGGUGAGGCGGUUACCUGGCACAGGGGAAAAGCUUGAAGUGGCUGCUGCGUAGGGUAUCAGUGUUACACGAGGUCGAGCUUUUACUUCUCCCCAGGACUCAAUAUGGAGCCGUGGGAGAGGACUUGGCACUUUAAUCCCUUCAAAGAAACCGAUCUAAUUCAAGCCCUACAACUCUUGAAAGUCUUUGAGCGGACACUGAUUGUUUCCACAGGAAAGCCAGAUAAAGAUCUCUGUGUGCUGGCGUUUAAAGAGACUUCAGUGGCGGUGUGAAUACAAUUGAACCCAGCGACUGCGGGAAGGAUCGAGUUACCUGGGCAAACAGCACCGGAGGACCAGAGCCAGCCGGCAUCUGCCCGAAAGGGCACCCUCCCACCUCCCCAAGACAGAGCUGAACCUCCUCGUUUGGUAUUUGGCCAGACAGGCCGGCUUACACGUUUGCGAUAGCCUCGGAGCAGAUGGGAGAGCGGGGAAGAGAGGAGCGCGCUUCCAGGGCCCCUGGCGGAGCGCGGUGCUGAGCGGGCCUGCGGAGGGGCGCGGAGGGGCGCGGGGUCCUGCCUGCCGCUUGCUGGGCGGCGCAGUGCGAGGGGUCCCGCCAGCUCUGCCGGCCACUGAGCGCAGCAGCGGGUGGUGGUGUUAAGCUGUGACCCAGAUGUGCCUGGUGGUGGUUACCGGCGAAAUAGCCUCGCAUAUGGUCGAAAGAAAAGCAGCUUAGGUUCUUCAUAGAUACACACGUGUGUGUAUACAUAUAUAUAUAGAUAUAUAUAUAAAGUAUGUACACAGGCCGCAAGGUGAGGGGUGAGGGUGCAGAGCCCUCGGGGCCGAGUUUGGUUUUGUGGCACGAGGUGGGCGAGAGGGUGGCGGCAGAGGCCUGGUAAUAGCGUCUGUGUUCCCGAGGAGCCCCCCGGACCCGUUCUCGCCCCCGGCCCAGGCCAGGCAGGCUUAGUAGAGCCGCUGAGCGCAGUCCGCCCGCCGCGGGAACACAUCGCGCCUCCAGAGACGCUACCAAGGGAGACUCCUUUCUUCGUUUAAAGAAAUUGUGUGUUUUACACCCGGCUCCAGCUAGGGAACAGGAAACUUUCCCCUUCGGUUUCUGUCUGGAGGGUUUGUCGGUGUGUCUGUCUGCGGGAGCGCUCGCUGCCGGUGGCACCCGCCGCCCCUCCUCCGAGCCCGGCCGGGCGCGCUCGCCGUGGCCCCGCGCCAGGCGGGGGCUGCAGAUAACACGGGCUUAGCGCCGGCUGAGCGAAGCGAAACCAAACCCGGCUACCAGAGGGGAAAAUGUGCGGUUGUUUGCGGAGUCAUACCGAGGGCAUAUCCCUCAGCCUCGGGGGAAGGGCGGGAGGAGGGAGGGAGUGGGCAGGAACCACUGACAAUUACUCCAAGGAAGUUUUACGACUGGGAUCGACCAGCCCCGAUCAGGUGAACUCGCUGUGCUCCUGUUACUUCGAGUCAUCAAACACUAUCAGCGGAAUCUGGAGGCAGAUUUCUCGGGAGAUAACAAAGACACAUUGUCACUUUAGAGCUCUGCUACAAAUCCUUAAUUGCAAGGAAAAAAAGAAAAAAAAAAAAGAAGGGGGGGGAUCUAGUGUCUUGCACAUCUAGUGCGAGGGUCUCCAGGCGGUAAGGGGUCCUUUGAUCAAGAAAAUCCAAUUAUUUGUGUAUAUACAUUUCCCACAUAGUGAUUACUUCAUUAAUUGUCCCGCCUUUAUCUCCUCCCUUCCCAUCCCCCCUAAUAAUCAGUUCUUUUAUCCAGACCAACAAACACACCAUAGGAGCUUUGUGGAUUCAAAGGAUUUGCUUUCGCUUCUGAAAGAGCCGCUAUUCUUUGAUGAUUGGGUAGCGGCAAACUUCAAAGCCAUAAAUCUUCCCUCUGACUGGCUGGCGGCCCAGCAAAGUCCUUAUCAAAUUCUUGGAGGUGAUCCUGGUGCAGUCAGACAGUCCGCGGAGAUCGCGCAGCGCGGGGGGGUGGGACAGGCACAGAGGCGAAGAGAUCAGAGAGGAGAGAGAGAGGGAAACUGGGCAGCUCCUCGUCUUCCCCUCGGCGUCUCCAUGCCUCGGCGGUGCCCCGGCGCCUUCCCCUCGCCCCGGGCGCAGUAGCCAUGGCCGCAGUGGCCGUCCUCCGGAACGACUCCCUCCAGGCUUUCCUCCAGGACCGCACCCCCAGUGCCUCCCCAGACUUGGCCAAGCACUCGCCCCUGGCUCUUCUGGCCGCCACCUGUAGCCGAAUCGGACAGCCAGGCGCAGCGCCCUCGGACUUCCUACAGGUCUCCUACGACCCGACGCUGGGAUCUCCCUCCAGGAUCUUCCACCCGUGGAGCGGCGAGAUGCCGGCACACUCCCCGGGGGGGCUGCCGCCGCCUCACCCCAGCCUGGGGCUGACCCCUCAGAAGAACCACCUGCAGCCCUCCUUCGGGGGGGCGCACGAACUGCCCCUCACCCCCCCGGCGGACCCCUCCUACCCCUACGAGUUUUCCCCCGUCAAGAUGCUGCCCUCCUCCAUGGCCACCCUGCCGUCCAGCUGCCCCCCCGCCUACGUCCCCUACGCCGCCCAGGCCGCCCUGCCGCCCGGCUACUCCAACCUGCUGCCGCCCGCGCAGCCCUGCCGGCAGCUCUCGCCCAACCCGCCGCCUGAGGACAUCCCGUGGUGGAGCAUCCAGCAGGCCGGCGCCCCGGGCGGCUGCGGCCACCGCUUCCCCGCGGCCGCGGCGCUGCCGCGGAGCCUGGUGCUGGGCCACUCGGACUUCGCCCAGUACCAGACGCAGAUCGCCGCCCUGCUGCAGACCAAGUCUCCCCUGGCGGCCACGGCCAGGAGGUGCCGCCGCUGCCGCUGCCCCAACUGCCAGUCGGCCGCGGGCAGCGCCCCAGAGGCGGAGCCGGGCAAAAAGAAGCAGCACAUCUGCCACAUCCCCGGCUGCGGCAAGGUGUACGGCAAGACCUCGCACCUGAAGGCGCACCUGCGCUGGCACACGGGCGAGCGGCCCUUCGUCUGCAACUGGCUCUUCUGCGGGAAGAGCUUCACCCGCUCCGACGAGCUGCAGCGUCACCUGCGGACUCACACGGGCGAGAAGCGCUUCGUCUGCCCCGAAUGCGGGAAGCGCUUCAUGCGCAGCGACCACCUGGCCAAGCACGUCAAGACCCACCAGAACAAGAAGCUGAAGGCGGCGGCGGACGGCGUCAAGAGGGAGGAUGGACGCGACCUGUGACCGCCGGGCGGCGGGGCAGGACCGGCCCGAGCCCGGCGGCGGUCGCCGCGCUCGCGGGCCGAGCCGUGCCGCGCGGGUGACCCGGGCUAGGGCGCCCUGCGGCCGGGGGCAGGGUGGCGAUGGGGGAAAGGGCGGUCGGUUCUCGGACUCGUGUCGGGCCCGGAGAGCUGGGGCUCGGUUGGGGGCGGUAGCAGCAGGAGCGGGGACCCUCGGGCCCCAGGACUGGACGCUCGUAGGGCCCCAGGACUGCCGCCGUCUGCCGUCGUCCCGGGACAGUCGCCCUCCCCGUCCCUACCGUCCCGGGGCGCGACUGAGAGCGGGAGUGAGGCUGCCCCAGUCGCCACCUCGGGGGAUCGGGGCUUGUGGGAGCCCGGGGGUGGGGCGGCAGCAUCGGUCCGGGCACACCGGGGCCCGGCCCUCGGUGCUUUCAGGGGAAAAGACUGAAGUUUUGUGUACAGGUUAUUUAAUAGUUCUGUUUGAAUACAAGUGUUUCUCUCCUCGUCCUCGGCCCCGUGCGGGGCUCCAGCAUGAGAUGUUUCUGUAAAGCGACCCGCGGCUGCAGCGUGAAAUAAACCCGUUAACUCUGGGGUCACGCACGGAA